AUGUCAAAUUUUUCUGCUUGUUUAUCAUAUAUUGAACAAAAUCGAUAUCGUUUAAAACACAAUACAUUUACAAACACAGUACGUAAUAUACAAUAUGUACUUGAUGUUAUCAUUGGUCAUAAUCGUCAUUAUUUAAAAUCAAAUCAACGUGUUAUAAUUAUGGGAUCAAGUCAAGGUACUUAUCUUCUACAACGAUAUCUUCAUUUAACAACUAAUAAACAACAAGUCGAUGCUGUUAUACUCGAUUCAAUUGUACCAACUGAUAUAAUUACAUUAAUAGAAUUUGAUCCAUAUAUCAAUUAUAUCCUUUUGGAUCUAUUUUCUCGAUGUGCUCAAGAUAAACAAGGAUGUUCUGAUCGAUUUCAAAUUCAAAUUCAAUGCAUGCACUUUAUUCAUAUCAAAUGA